UCUAACUCUACGUAGAUAUACAUAAUUACAUAAACACAAGCAUACGCUCCAGGCAUAGAUACAUAAACGUUAGGGACUUUACAGUAAACCUGUAGAAAGCAAAGAAUGCAUCUCAGGAUGAACAUCAAAAUACUAAUCCUGGUUUGCUUUGGGUACCUGUUUGUUGUUGCCAAAUGUGACGAUGAAAAUAAUGGAAACAGUGACAGUAAUGAAAACAACGUAAUAAGUGAAAAGAAAGAUAUAAACGACCAAGUGCAAAUGGCAUUGGAAAUGGGUAAAAUGGAAGUAAAGGCAGAAUCAGCACUCAACAAAUUGAAAAUGAAAAAAGGCGUUGAUACAAAUGCAGACUCGGCUCAAGAUAGGCUUGCCCAGUUUGGAGAACUCGAUGAAGACGGUAUCAGGCUGGUAGAUGAUGCUAAAAUUCAAUUAGCAGCUUUAAAGAAGCUAUCUACAAUGGAAGACAUAAAGCCAUACAAAAUAAAAGCAAACCGAAAAUAUCUGCAGAUAUGGAAAAGAAGGUUCCACCAGUAUUGUCCAGCCAUUUAUAAUGGUAAAACCUGCGAUCCUAAGGCGUAUUAUAGGACUAUAGAUGGAACAUGUAAUAAUCUACAGAAACCGACUUGGGGAGCUGUUAAAUGCCCUCAGUUAAGAGAAAUACCGCCCAUGUAUUCUGAUGUUUCUACAGGUAUAGAUGCCCCCAGAACUCUGGGGCUCUCAGGUGAGGAACUACCAAGUGCUCGUGUCAUCAGUAACGAGCUUCAUAAAGCGGAUGGACUGGCACCAAGAAAUGAUAAACUCACAAUGAUGGUAAUGCAGUGGGGUCAGUUCCUCGACCAUGACGUUGUAGCAACACCGGUUCUUAAAGGCGCAAUGGGAGCUAAUAUAGAAUGUUGUGGUGAAGGAAACGAAAAUAGGACCGAAUGUUUCCCUAUCCGCAUACCGGACGAUGAUCCAUUCUUCAACAGGACUUGCAUGGGUAUGGUGCGAUCAGCUCCAGUGCCGGACCAUGAUUGUGAACCAGGUUUUCGGGAGCAGAUGAAUCAGGUGACGUCAUAUAUAGAUGCAUCGGCGAUAUAUGGUUCAACUGAAAACCAAACUAUCCCAUUACGAACAUUUAAAGGAGGUUUACUCAAGACCUUUGAAGAUAAUGAAACACACAGUGAACAACUACCAUUGGCUCCCAGUGACAAGUGCAAUAUCGAAGCGCCAAAAGAUCAUUGUGCUCUUGCGGGAGAUAAACGGGUAAAUGUUGUACCAAGUCUUGGCUGGAGUCACACGUGCUUUAUGAGAGAACACAACAGAAUUGCACGAGAAUUUGCUCGUAUAAACCCUGACUGGGAUGACGAGACAAUAUUCAAACAAACCAGGCGCAUAAUGGCAGCCACAAUCCAGAUAAUAAACUACAACGAAUAUCUCCCUGCAAUAUUAAACCAAGAUACUAUGGACAAAUAUAAGCUGAAUCUGUUUAAGAAGUUUGCACAUCGGAAUCACUACAGAUCAAAAGUCAACCCGACAAUCUUUAACUCAUUUGCAGUGGCAGCAUUCAGGUUCGGACACUCACAAAUAGCGGAUUAUCAGGCUUUUAUGAGCAAACAGUAUCAGUUUACGGAGAAGAAUCCGAUAGAGACAACAUACCAUCGGCAACACAUGAUUCAGUAUAAUGACGGGGCAGGGCUUGAUGGGAUCGCUAGAUGGCUCGUAGAUGAUCCAACACCUCUUGCUGACGGUAUUUUCGGGGACGGUGUUAGAAAUCUUUUAUUCAAGGACAAAAAAGGAAUCAGUUUAGAUCUACCGGCACUUAAUAUACAACGUGGUCGAGAUCAUGGGAUACCCGGAUAUAACCACUGGAGAAUACAUUGUCGCCUCGACAAAGCUAACAUGACAUACGAUGGAUCGUUUAUAUUACCUGACCAUAACGAAGACCAAAGACUCAAGCUACAAAACGUCUAUAGUCACGUCGAUGACAUAGAUUUGUUCGCCGGCGCAAUGACAGAAACUUUACUGCCUGACAGCUCUGUAGGACCAACAUUUGCUUGUUUGUUAGGAAAACAAUUUAAAAGGUUGAGAUUAGGUGACAGGUACUGGCACGAGACACAAGAUCCAGUCAUAAGGUUUACAAAAGGUCAGCUAGCGGAGCUACGUAACAUAUCGUUGGCACGUGUGUUGUGUGAUAACUUUGAUGUUAGCCAAGUUCAGCCUGAUGUAUUCCGUGUACCCGGGGCGUGA